CGUAGCAACGAAAAAGAAGAGACACGUGUUGCUCUAAUAACAUUAGUUGUUCCGGCCAUUUGGUUCCCGUUCCGAAUUCAACCCGCGCGUUGCACUAAGUAUUUUAAUCCAGUUCUUUAUUCCUGUAUGAAAUUAUUGACACUUGAAUGGCGUACGAUGGCUUCCAAAGAAGAGAUU